AUGACUGCCUUUCGCCACACACUUUUGCUCUUUGCAGUGGCUUCGGCUUCUGUAGCCUCUGCGGUCGCAGUCUCGCCCCAGCGCUCCAAAAGAAGUUUGAUGGAGCUACGGGAUAUGAUCCGAUGCAGUACAGACAGAUCGCCUCUGGAUUACCUUUCAUACGGGUGCUACUGUGGAGUCGGGGGCCAAGGCCGGCCCCUGGACAGUACAGACUGGUGCUGCCAUAAACAUGACUGCUGUUACGGCGACGCCCAGCGCCAGGGCUGCAAACCAAUAUCAUACAGAUACAAAUGGACAUGUAAUGACAGGACACCUAAUCAGUAUCACGCAAGGAAAUCUUACAAGGCCUUUAAGGCAGGGGUCUGGAACCUCUUUGGCUGA